AUGGAUUGCCUAUACAAAAAUCCCAACCAACCCAUCGAAGCUCGUAUCAAAGACCUUCUUUCUCGCAUGACUCUCCAUGAAAAGAUUGCUCAGAUGACCCAAAUCGAGCGCACUGUUGCCACCUCUUCUGUCAUCAGAGACCUCUCCAUUGGCAGCAUACUCAGUUCUGGUGGCAGUGCCCCUUUUGAGAAUGCACUCUCUUCAGAUUGGGCUGAUAUGGUGGAUGCCUAUCAGAAAUCAGCUCUUGGCUCUAGACUUGGGAUUCCUCUCAUUUAUGGGAUUGAUGCUGUUCAUGGUAAUAAUAGUGUUUAUGCUGCUACCAUUUUUCCUCACAAUCUAGGCCUUGGUGCUACUAGAGAUGCUGAUUUAGUUCGGAGAAUUGGAGCUGCUACGGCGCUUGAAGUUAAAGCAAGUGGAAUGCACUAUAACUUUGCACCUUGUGUAGCGGUCUGCAAAGAUCCUAGAUGGGGAAGAUCCUAUGAGUGUUAUAGUGAAGACACUGAAAUUGUCAGAAAGAUGACGUCCAUGGUUUCAGGUUUGCAAGGUCAGCCGCCGCAAGGACAUGAACACGGAUACCCUUUUGUGGCUGGAAGGAACAAUGUUGUUGCCUGUGCCAAGCAUUUUGUUGGUGAUGGAGACUGCAUUUCCCAGGGAGUUUCAACCAUUAUGGCAUCCUAUACGAGUUGGAAUGGACGCAAACUCCAUGCUGACCGUUUUCUUUUAACCGAAGUCUUGAAAGAAAAGUUAGGGUUUAAGGGUUUUGUUAUUUCCGACUGGGAGGGGCUCGACCGACUUUGUAAACCUCAUGGGUCAGAUUAUCGAUAUUGCAUCUCCUCAGCCGUCAAUGCUGGAAUUGACAUGGUGAUGGUGGCUUUAAGGUACAAACUAUUCAUCGAAGAAAUGACCUCUUUGGUUGAAUCAGGGGAAGUACCAAUGAGCAGAAUCGACGAUGCUGUUGAGCGAAUUUUGAGAGUAAAGUUCGUUGCUGGUCUUUUUGAAUAUCCUUUAAGUGACCGAUCUUUGCUAGAUAUAGUUGGUUGCAAACCACAUAGAGAUCUAGCACGUGAAGCGGUUCGAAAGUCCUUGGUUCUGUUGAAAAAUGGAAAAGAUAUUAGUGAGCCUUUUCUUCCAUUGAACAAGAAUGCCAAAAGAAUUCUUGUUGCCGGAACUCAUGCCGACAAUCUUGGAUAUCAAUGCGGAGGUUGGACUAAAACUUGGUAUGGCGGUAGUGGGAGGAUUACAGUUGGAACAACAAUCUUGGACGCAGUUAAGGAAGCCGUGGGAGCUGAAACAGAAGUUAUUUACGAGAAGUAUCCUUCAAAAGACACCAUAGAGCGUAACGAGUUCUCAUUUGCAAUUGUAGCUGUUGGUGAAUCUCCGUACGCAGAAUCAUUAGGUACCGAAGGAAAUGGAAUCACAGAUGUUAUCUUUGGUAGCCAUGACUUCAAAGGUCAACUUCCAGUUACUUGGUUUAGAAGUGUUAAAGAGCUCGAUCGACCAAGUGAUGGAGUUGCUUCUUGUGAACCUUUGUUUCCUCUUGGUUUUGGGCUAAACUACUUGAAUAUGUGA